AUGUGCAUAUGUACACAGGCAGAGACGCAGAGAAACAGUCAGAGACGCAGAGAAACAGUUCAGAGACGCAGAGAAACAGUUAGAGACGCAGAGAAACAGUCACAGACACAGAGAAACAGUCAGAGACACAGAGAAACAGUCACAGACACAGAGAAACAGUCAGAGACGCAGAGAAACAGUCAGAGACGCAGAGAAACAGUUCAGAGACGCAGAGAAACAGUCAGAGACGCAGAGAAACAGUUCAGAGACGCAGAGAAACAGUCAGAGACGCAGAGAAACAGUUCAGAGACGCAGAGAAACAGUCAGAGACGCAGAGAAACAGUCAGAGACGCAGAGAAACAGUCAGAGACGCAGAGAAACAGUUCAGAGAAGCAGAUAAACAGUCAGAGACGCAGAGAAACAGUUCAGAGACGCAGAGAAACAGUCAGAGACGCAGAGAAACAGUUCAGAGACGCAGAGAAACAGUCAGAGACGCAGAGAAACAGUUCAGAGACGCAGAGAAACAGUCAGAGACGCAGAGAAACAGUUCAGAGACGCAGAGAAACAGUCAGAGACGCAGAGAAACAGUCAGAGACGCAGAGAAACAGUCAGAGACGCAGAGAAACAGUCAGAGACGCAGAUAAACAGUCAGAGACGCAGAGAAAUAGUCAGAGACGCAGAGAAACAGUCAGAGACACAGAGAAACAGUCAGAGACACAGAGAAACAGUCAGAGACACAGAGAAACAGUCAGAGACACAGAGAAACAGUCAGAGACACAGAGAAACAGUCAGAGACACAGAGAAACAGUCAGAGACACAGAGACACCGUCAGAGACGCAUAGAAACAGUCAGAGACGCAUAAAAAGAGUCAGAGAUGCAGAGAAACAGUCAAAAAAUUGCAGAGAAACAGUCAAAAAAUUGCAGAGAAACAGAGAUUUGGAGAAAUAG